CGUCGCCGCCACCGCCGUUGCCGCUUCCGACGUUUGUUCUCUAGCAUAUUAAUUUGAUUUUUUUUUCGUUUUUUUAACGAGGGUGCUGUUUUAUCGUUUCCCUUGCCCUCUUGCCGUCGUUACCUACCUUACAAAAAAAAAAAACCCUACGUUCACCCGGAACCCCCCCCGUCCGCCGCGUUGAUUUGCUCGCGCCCUGACCGAAGGGCCCAUCGCCGCCUGCAGUAAUAACUCUUGCAUCAAAAUUGGCCGCGUCAAGCAGAAUCCGGUUCGCGUGGCCGCUGGCGAAACGGUCGCAGCUCAGCGCACGCAAGAGGAGCAACAGUUGAACACACAUCAGUCGCCAAUUGAAAUUGCAGCGGAAAAAAUGACAACUGACGCUACGGAUAGCUCGAGGCUCGGCUUGAACCUUAACCUCAGCGUGGUGCAGCCUCACUCUUAUCAUUGGCUUCAGUCACCGAAAGCAGGGUCUGACGAGGAGGACGAGGAAGACCGCAGAAGGGCCGACGAUGGUUGUUCUCCGGAAGAUGAACCGGAUAUCCUGGAAAUGCAGCGCGAAGAACGCGAAACGCUCAACCAGUUGGCCAGACGAUUGGCUAGCGCUCCGCCCGGACUUAUGGGCCAUACGGCUUCCAUGCUCCAGCACUUGGUGUACCCUAGACUUCCGGGUGGCGGUGGAUUAACAACCGGUCUUAACAUGGCUUCUGCCGUUGCUGCUGCUGCUUACGCGUCCAAAAGACCUUCGGACCCGAUUUCGCCGACCGGGUCUAGCAGAUCCAGCGUGACGCCACCCGGCCAAGACUACACGUCUGACAAUGGGGCGUCGAUGACGUCCAGAAAGGGCGAGGCGCAAUCUUGGACGUUCGAAGAACAAUUCAGACAGCUGUACACUGCCGGCAAUGAAAUAGACAGACGUAGUUUCCUGGACUCGCUGUUCAGUUUUAUGCAGGAACAAGGUACUCCCAUCAGCCGUCUACCUAUCAUGGCCAAACGCGUGUUGGACUUGUACACCCUGUACAAACUGGUCGUACAAAGGGGUGGAAUCGUGGCGGUCAUCACUAAGAAAUUGUGGCAAGAGAUCAUCAGGGGACUUGGAUUGCCGCCGUCCAUCACUAGCGCAGCUUUUACCCUACGCACACAGUAUGUCAAGUACUUGUACGCAUACGAGUCCAGGAUGAACCAGUUCAGUUCACUAGACGAGUUGAACAUGGCUAUUGCCGGGAACAGGCGCGAGGGCAGGCGGAACAAGUCAUUGCUGUCCGAGUACAUGCCGCAAAUGACUGGCGGCAGCGGCCAGAUCGGCCACAAUCCGCACUCCGGUUCGCCGUCUUCGAUGGCUCACCACCAUCAUCAUAAUCAUCAACAGCAACAACAGCAGCAGCAGCAACAACAUCAACAACAGCAACAACAACAGCAACAGCAGCAGCAACAUUACGCCAGCGUUCUGGCCGCCGAGGACAGGUUCCGUCACUUGGCCGCGGCCAUCAUGGACAACAGACAACGAGCCUCUGUCGUGGAUCAGACGCGACAACCGCCCUUGUCCGGCGGAGCAGGCAGUCCGCUGGCUGCGUCCGUUGCCGAACAGCCCUUUAACGGCCAUCAGACGUAUCCAGCUUCGGUGCCGGCGGGCGCCGUCCCUCGGCCGACCGGCGACCAGACAAACAAACAGAGAGAACUUCUCAGUAUGUUAAUGUGGAUGGACUUGAUGAGAGCGAAUCAGACCGCCGGAAUGCCCAGACUGUCAAUGCCUAACAUGCCGACUAGUCCGUCUUCAGCUGCCUAUGCUGCCAUGAAUCUUUCCCAGGCCGCUGCAGCCAUGCAGUUCAAGAGCGGUCCCGUACCGGAACAAUGCGAAGCUCUGAACUUAGGCAAAAAGCGCGUUGCCAACAAUAACAAUGCAGGCGAGGAUGACGAGGAACACUUGUCUAUUGUAAAACGUAUCAAAUCUGAAAGGUCUUCGCCGCUAUCCCACCACCAAGUGAUGAUAAAUCGUGGGUCGGACGAUGAGAACGACAGCACAUCGAAAACGGCCAGUCCGAUUGGCAUCCAAAGACGUUCACCAUCGGUCGAUCGGCAAGACUGCGAGGAAUUAGUCGAAAUAGACAUCAACGUAUCACCCGGCUUGUCAAACGGACUCACGAUAAACGUAAGCCGGAAGACAAAAGACGGCGUCUAUAAGGGUCAGCUGUCCAAGACCGAAGUCGCUUUAAACGGAGGUUCCAUUAACAACGUAAGUCCUUUCCUAUUGCGUCUAAACGGCGAACUUUACACGGGAUGUCUUCAACUCCAACAAACCAACCACCUCAGUCACAUCGACAGCAACACUUUAAGUUAACCUAAUAUAAGACAAAGUAUUGUUUUUAUUUAAUUAUUCGGCUUAUAUUAGUGUUAUUUUUAUUUCAUUGUAGCCUAGCAAUUAUUACGGACUCGCUACGUUUAUUUUUAUUUUUUUAUUGUUAAUAUAAUUAAUUGAUUUUACAUAAUUUAACAUACAGUACAACAAUGAAUGUUGUACACAAAAGAACAUUUUGAAAAUUGAUUAAAUAAUAAUGUAUAUUUAACCUUAA